AUGAAACCAGCCUGCCAGUUCAAUAGGGGCCAUGGUAUCCAUGACGAACCGGACAGCUCCCCCUCCCCCCAGCCCGUCGAAUCAAACUAUGAAGACAGCAAUGAAAGCGAAGAUGAAGAUGACGAUAUUGAAUUCAGUGUCUCAGAUGAAAGUGACGUGAAUGAUGGUGUUGAGGAUGAGGUAAGGCUCCAUAGCUUCGAUGAACUGCAGUUACCCUCUGAGGCUCUUUUUCUUGUUGGACACCGAACAAGGUUCGGAAGGGCGAAGCGUUUCAAUAGAAGAGAAAUAGAGUGUCAAUAGAUGAUGAUCAAAGGUUCGACUGCCACAUUUUGGAAAAUGCUGACCACCCGCCUGGAACAGCGACGAUCGAAAUGCACCAAUCACAGCUGUUAAAAAGUAACCGAUGUGCUUUACAAAGUUUGGCGGAACCAUCCGACCUCGAGAUUCUCAUCAAAAGUGACUACAUCGUGGGACUAGACUCACUAAACGGUAAAGGUAACCUAAAUUCCCACACUUGUUUUGUCACAAAAUUUAUUUCAGAAAGACGACACGGUCUAAGUGAACCCCCCAACCCUCCAAAGUUGUAUUUUAUGUUUCGUUAUACGCAACGUCCAUGCUUAUUAGACGUCGAAACUUUUUGCUGGCAUAUUAUUGAAAGGGAUUAAACUAGAAAGAAGAUGCUCUGAUCUUAAGAUCUUGUGAGCUGUGUGAGGAGAAAUACGAUUGUUGUGUUUACAUAUGGUAAGGAAUGUGCAAAUUAGUGUUAAAAGAUCUGUGAUUAUUGUGAUAUUGGUACUGCAAUACUACACUUGAAAAUUAUGGCGGUUUCCGCUUACCUAAGCCUUUCUUGAAUAAAAACAGUUUCUAAGUAAAUGUUUGAAUUGCCAUUAAAAGUUUCGGUUUGUAACAAAAACACUGUUGUCCUUAGGAGUGAAAAUUGAAAUCUGCGCUCCUUUGUAAAUCAAAAAUUAUCCGCUGAAUUAUUGCUGACAUUUACUGGCAUACAGUGAAGCUUUCCUCUAUUAAUUAACUGGCUAACAUUCUUGUUCGACUUGUGAAUACUAUUCGCGGCCCGUGAAAAAGUGAAUAGUACUUACCUAGAAAUGGAGCUUUUAUUUGUUAGGAGUUGUUGAUCGCCAACAUUGGAAAAGCAGUUAUGUCACUCCAGAACGUUCAGAGGUAUAUCCUUUGCGCCGGGAAACAUCCGCAAAAAAACCCCGAGUUUUUUCCACCAGUAAAAAAGCUGGUUUUUGUCCUUAAAACCUUUCAGUCUUGUGUGCAUAUUUUGCGGGGUCUAUUGUGUCGACCAUUGUAGUAUACAACAGUGUUUUGUAAACGCAUACAAGCAUAAACACUGUUUCAAUGCAUAAUGACCUGGAUAUUGAGGAAAACGCUGUUUUUGCGUAGUUUAUUAACCGUUAAGCAAUUGUUGUUUCCCGAUCUGAUUCUCGCGGGCUCUGUCUCUUAUAUUUCAAGUAAAAGAAUGCCUAUAAACAACAAAAAAGUAUUUUUAACGAAGUUAAUGAACAUUUCAAUAUGAACAUCGCAGUGUAGCUAUUCACUCAUGCACAAGGCAGAGCGGUGUGUGUGCGGUUUCUUUUUUUUUUUCCUUUUACCAUUUCGCAGAAUUAGACUUGGAGCGGGUAACGAGCAAAAAACGAUGUAAAGAACUUCUGCCGUGUACAACUGUACUGAAAUGCAGACAGUCAAUAUCGGGAACGUAAAUAACAGCCAAAUGAAGCAAACAGAAAGUAACCCGCUAAGUGCUCUAUAAAUUGGACUUAAAUGAUCGCUCAAGCGUCAGCCUCCUUUGCGGUGUAUGAAAAAACAUUGCACUGAAACAAGGUUAAAGGUUAAAGUUUUGUUUAUAGUGGAGAGUGCAAUUCUUUAGUUUAGAAAGAUAGAUAGAUAGAUAGAUUGAUAGAUAGGUAGUUUAAUUACCAAUACUUUGCAGCCCGAAGGCUGAAUUGCGUAUUUACAAAUGAUGGAAUUGGUAAAAUGUGUAUAUGAAAUUAAGUACAGUAAAUAUAGUUUACAGGCACUCCAUUCAAAUAAUAAGAAACAAAGCAUCGAAAUACAGUGAAACCUCUACUAAGCGGGCACCUCCGGGAACUUCCCAAGCGUCCGCUUAAUAGAGGGUGUCCGCUUAAUAGGGGUUGUAAAAAUUGCGCAAUGUUUGUUAACGAUCAACAUUCAACGGUUACUCUGUACUGUGAUAAAGUUGCAUGUUGUUAAAGAAGCUAUAGUUCAAGUUCAUUACCUUUCAUUACCAACUUUGUUUGUAAAUGCAGUACGUAUUUUAAGGACGUAAUUCAAUACUACUAUUGUCAAUUCAGUCCGGUUCCCGCUUAAUAGAGGUUUUUAACAAUAGAAAUUAGCCAAAUACAACUUAUUUUAGUGUCCGCGUCCGCUUAAUAGAGGUGUCCGCUGAAUAGGGGUUCGUCAUAAAGGGAAAUAUCAUGCAGACGUUCGUUUCGGGACCCGGCUUAGUGUCCGCUUAAUUGGGGGUCCGCUUAAUAGAGGUUUUACUGUAGAACAUAACAGGAUGAAAAACCCCAACUGGCAGGAGGCAGCCAGUUGGCUAUUUACGAGCGUGGACGAGGAUUUGAACUUGGAAGGACCGAGAACAAAUCCAGCAAGUGGCCAGAGCGGGACUUGAACCCGGUACCGCCGGAUAUUGAGUCUGACGCGCUGUGCACUCGGCCACACUGCCUUAUAAGAUAGUUGGACUGUUUGCCCAAUGACUUUGAAGCAGUGUACAGUUGAAUGAAAUAAUGUGUGUACCCAAUCGAGGUAUGGCCCUGAAGUUUCCAAAAAUAAGAUAUAAACACACACACCGGUUAUAUACUGCACAAGAGAUUUAUUAAGAAGCAAAUAAACAUGAUACACUUGAUCAAGCGCCUUGCUUCUGACAGAACGCGUGAUUUUGGAUAUGCAAACGAGAGCUGAAUUUCACGUUUAGAAACUGCAACAAUGUUCUUGGUACAAAGAAAAUUCAGUUUAGUUAUUAAUAUAAUUUAAGCACAGACUUUGAUUUUUUUUGUGAGACAAUGAAGACACUUAAAUAAGCGGAAUUCCAUUGUACUAUAUAAAAGCAAGAGAGUCGGUAAUUAAAUCAACAUGUGGACGAAAACCUUUACUGUAUGCCUCCACCAAAUUCGGUUUAUUGGAAUCAACCUUCGUCUCACACUUCCUGAAGUUGGCAGCAGUUUCACUAGUUAGCGUCUUGAACAAGGUGUUUUUUUGGAGCGGAAGACUGAAGAGUUUGGAGUUUGGUAAUGAGCGGUCUGUAUGUGAGGUACAAACAAUGUCUUUUCCAAAAAAAUCAAAUUCCAUGAUCUUAGUUUAAAAAAAUUACUUAAUUCUCUCUGACAAAAGAAAUGAAUCAGGAUCAUGAAAUAAGGUCUCUUGUCUUGGAUAGAGCCGCGAGAUGAACGAUUUUUGUCGUAAAAAACGUGAGGGUUUGAGAAGCUCCAAGGCACACCUCUACCGAACCUUCACCUGAUUCACCCCCCCGGAAUUCAAACACGGUUCUUUCUUAUUGGUGAAAUUAUGACAUUUAUUAGUAGAUUUAUUUAUGAGCUUUUUGCGAUUUCUCUAUUGGCUGCAGCUACCUUCUGACGUACAUUGCAGCCAAGCCCUUUGAGUCAAUAUAUCUGCAUUUCUAUUUGUGCUAAAAUCAGUUUCACAGGUGUAGCUCUGAAGGUUUUUAACUUCCCUGCUGUUUUGCCGGAAUUCCCAGUCACAAGCGUCUUAAAGAAUGAAAUCUUUGUUUGCGUCAGUGUUGGUAUUUGCCUUUUGUAUCUCCGAAGGUAUGAACUAUCUGUUAUUUUGUCAUGUGUCAUGUGUCAUGUGUCUAAUCACCUGUUCCCGGUUGUUCAUACAUUGCCACUAUUUCAUUAACGGGCCUGCUAGAUGUAGCUCUGUAGGUUCCUAACGGAUUAAUCCUUUGGGUCCCAAGAGUGACCAACAUCAAUUUUCUCCUAACAACAUCAGCAGAUCAUCAAGAGUGAAGGUUAUGAGAAUUACUAAAUUGAUUACCAAAGGAGAAUGCUUUGAUCUUAAACGAAAUUCUCUCAACUAUUCUUAAACGAAAUGUAUGGAGAUCAAUCUGGAGAAUUUGUAUGUGCAUACUGGGGCUUAAAGGAUUAAUUCUUUUUUUUCUGUCAAGUUUAUCGACUCUAUUUUCACUAAUUUUAUGGCGUAGCUCAAGCACGAACCGAGUUCGCGUAAGGACUGUGGUAUAGGAAAAAAAAGAGGAAAAGAAAACAUCUUGUUGAUGACACAUAGAGACACACACACAAAUUUGUUCUGGCUUGCUUAAAAUUCUUAAUUUGUGAAAAAAAUCACCGAUAUAGAAUUUUAAGCAAGCGUCAUGUCACUGUAUGUCCUGUAGUUGAAUUGCAAUAUGUGAGAGCAUUCAAAGAAUUUUUUUCUUUAAACUAGGCAAUGCUUUUCUCGUGAAAUUAGCCUUUGCUUUCUUAAAUGGAAUCGAUGCGAAUGCUAUUAAGCAAACUGGUCGUGCGAAAAAAGGUGUUGCGGUCAAUUCAAUUUACAAUUCAAAGAGAAUAAACCGACAUUAUUGAAAUAUGUUUCCGACUGCAAAUUCUUUUCAAUAGGUUGAGUUUGAUCGUCCGGGUGAACGUAGUCCUGAAUAGGACUGUUGUUGUUGACAGUGACUGACGUUUCGACAACCUGUGCGGUAGUCAUCUUCAGAGUCAGAGUCUUUUAUAAAAUUUUUUGCGAUCUCUUAAUUUUUGUCACCUUUGGAUGCUCAUUACACCAAGCCCUUUAAGGGCCUGUUUACAUGGGGGUGGGGGACCCUAGGUAGGUGAGGUAACCCGCUUAGGUGGGGUAGCCCGCCUCUUCAUAUAAUCUCUCUUUUUUUAUUGUGAUCACGUUUACACGUUUAAACUAGGCAAUGCUUUUCUCGUGAAAUUAGCCUUUGCUUUCUUAAAUGGAAUCAAUGCAAAUGCUAUUAAGCAAACUGGUCGUGCGAAGAAAGGUGUUGCGGUCAAGUCAAUUUACAAUUCAAAGAGAAUAAACCGACAUUAUUGAAAUAUGUUUCCGACUGCAAAUUCUUUUAUAAAAUUUUUUGCGAUCUCUUAAUUUUUGUCACUUUUGGAUGCUCAUUACACCAAGCCCUUUAAGGGCCUGUUUACAUGGAGGUGGGGUACCCCAGAUAGGUGAGGUAACCCACUUAGGUGGGGUAGCCCGCCUCUCCAUAUAAUCUCUCAUUUUAAUGUGAUCACGUUUACAUGUUAGGUGAGGUAACCCGCCACAUGUUACCUCACCUACCUGGGGUCACCCACCUUCAUGUAAACAGGCCCUAAGUCGAUAAAACUGCUUUUCUGGUUCUUCCUUUUCUUCUUUUAUUACUUGGCUCCAUGUAUAAAGAUGAUUCUUCAAAGUGGUCAGGGUUUCCAUUAAAGAACAUUUCAGCAUAAAGUCGUUCUUCUUGUAUUGCGAACUGUAUUUGCCUUAGGUUUCUGAUUACUCAGUUUCUUGUACGUAGACGGUAAAGCUUUAGGCAAGAAAAGCCUUGCAGACAGGAGAUAGUCCGUCGGCACUCUUCCUCUAUUUGUCCGUCAGCUUUCACAAAUGUGUUAACGUUGCAUUUUAUGUAUGGUUAAAUUUGACCAGCAUUUUGUGCAGCGAGUUCUACGGUCACGAUUGACUUCAAACUUGCAGAUAUAAAACAAGAGAGCUCUGAGGCUUAUUUGCUGAAGUUAGAGAAAAAUCUGUCACAGAGUUUCCAACUUAUUGACUCUUUGUGUAAAAAUGCGGUAUAAACAUAUGCCGAUAUCUCGAGCGUUCUUAUACCUACAAGAAAAUAAAUAACUGAUUUUCUUAAAGUUGCACCAUUAUUUAUUAAGGAUGCCAAAAAUCAUAGAAAUCGGUUAAAUCAUUUCAACCAAACAACGUGCUUCAAAAACAUAACCAACGCGCAUAUAAACAGGUUCGGGCCAGCUUAAACGUUGGAAAUUCUGGAGCACACAGGGGGUCACUUCCAAGUAGGUUUUUAAUUCAAAAAGAUUUUGAGGGGCUUACAGUCAUCCUUAGGUCCUUCAUUUUUUAACUUCUCGUUAAAUAUUCUUCUGCUUUUUUUGUUUAUCUAAGUUACGACUGAUCAGACAAUAUUAAAAAAGGUGGGGGACCCCGAAAGGUGAGGAAACGUGAGACAGGUCACCCCACCUAUCAUGUUAACGUACCCUAAACCUAAGCGGAUUACCCCACCUACCUGGGGUCCCCCACCUCCAUGUAAACAGGCCCUAAAAGGGGUUGAUAGGAUGUAAUUCCAUCACUAAAAAAUCAAAAGACAAUGAACAAUAGAACCACGCCACAUCACACAAGCUAAUAAACAACGUUCUUCGCAGCUCGCCAAGGAAAACUAAAGAAAAUAAAAUUAGUUGGAGAAACUGAGCGGUAGCCCGUGACGGAAUCUGUAAAACGACAUCAUGUGUUGGUUGAGAUACUUUAGCACAUCUCUUUAAAUGCCUGUAAAACGGGAGGUCUACACAGUGAAAUUUAAAUAGUGUUUCCUGCUGCUUUUAUAGGACAUGGAAUAAAGUGCUACCAGUGUGAGUCAAGAAAGAGUUGGGAUGAAUGUGUUCCUGGAAACAAUACAGAGUGUGCAACCGGCCUGGAUUCCUGUGUUAAAUUUGAAGGUCACGUAGAAUUCCAGGGUGAAACUCACGAAUAUGUUUACAAAGGAUGCGCCUUGAAAUCGAGAUGCAACGACGAGGCUUGCGAAAUACUGGAAAAAGUAUAUUCAUUAUACAAUAUUAAGAUCAAGAAGUGUGACGUCAGUUGCUGUCAAAGUGACCUGUGUAAUGGAGCCAAAGUACCAAUAGUCAGCGGCUUCCUGUUUUUGGCCUGCGCCUACGUGGCAUUUUUCUCUUAA